GUCCUCGACGGUCGCGACUUUGCUGAGCGUCGCGAGUAGAAAACAUCCACGCGGCCGCUAUCUUAAAAGGUUGAGCAACCUAACCAAGUACAACUGCAGCGAAAAAAAAUCGGAAAGAAUCACUCCUUUCGCUCAGAGCAGAGCAUAUAGCUCUUAAUGCAAGUCGCGUACUUGACCAAUUCGCUGCGAAAUCUACCACUUUGAAUAACCUUCAGCCUGGUCCAAGCAGUUGUUACUAGAAGAUAAUUGUUUCAGCUCAGUUGACAAGUUUCAAGUGCAGAACGAACAACCGUUCAGUUCCUUGAUCCCGAUUUUGCUGAAAAGGUGGUAAUUUCUCCUACACAUCGCUAACGGAGCCUUUUAUUGGUGCUAAAAGUUGAACACGAUAUUUUCCCUGUAGUGUAAUUUAGACCAGCUGCGCAUAGCUGAAUCAAAUCGAAAAGCGGAAAAGAGUGUCUCCUCAGUUUGUGAAAGUGUGCAAAGUUGCGUUAUACCUACCAUUACGUUGGUUGUUUUUCCCCACUGAUUUCCUGGUGUCAAUUUAAAGCUACUUAGCGAGCCGAGUCUGAUUUUGGUUUACUGUGAAGUCACUCUUCGGAUGUACUUAGUAGUUUAUUGUUGUGGGAAAACAAGUUCAACUUUUUGUUUCAAAGAUCAGCACUAGGAUAAGCAACCGCUAGUUGAUUAUACGCUUGGAAGUACAGAAAAAAGACUGGCAAAUAUCGGCUGCUGCACUGAUUUUGCUCUUCCAGAUUUAACCCACCAGCAGCUGAUUGGAUUUGGAGACUUCCGCUAUCGAGUUAGGAACGAAUCAACAUCCUCUAUCUUCAAUGGGUUGACACGAUUUCCGAGUCCGGGUUCUACUGGUGGCGGGAAACACACAGUAGAAAGCAUUGAACCUGAUUCCUCAUUUUCUUUUCGCAAAAAUACGAAAUCACUUGUUGGCGGUGCAGAACUUCCAGGCCGAUCGCAGACAGACAUCAUUAGAUGUCGGCCUAGGCUUUCGUUGGAAAAAGCUUGCUAUCCGAGAAAGCCCAAACCAACAAGUGAACUCAUCGCCUCCUCAUUGACAUCACUCCGGAACUGCUUCAACGUGUGAUAAGGUGCUGUCUACAAGAGAGCAUCUCCUCCUUCGCUUGAUUUCAUCAACGGAAAGCUACAUCCUGAAGCGGCACAAAGACUUCCUCGUUUCCUGGCCAACAUCCAGGCAUCGGUCCACCAACAAAGUCGAGUAGAAGUUGUUUCACCUGCUAAAAAUUUGUCAGCAUCUCCAGGACUCACCACGCAACCGCUUUCCAAUGAGAGUAGCCGAAGAGAGUUUACCUAGCCCGUACAAAUUGGCGUCCUGCAGCAAGGCCGGAGCCCGGAGCAACGUUUUGGCUGCAGGCCAGGUCCAGGUAUCGCUUGGAUUGGCCCUACAGUUCUGCUACUGCUACUUCGAAGUUGCCACCAUCCUGCUGCAUCUCUUCCACGGCUUGGGCCUGCGAAUUGCCGACCUAAACUAUUGCCAGGCCUAGCUCCCGCCACUUUGACUUCUCAUCAUCAAUAUUCGUCCAGCUAGUAACAUCAGGCCAUUUUGCUAUCAUUUUGAGAGAAAAAAACAACAACGGAAAGCGUCUUUUCAAAUUUUUGAAAACCGUUGAAGGCCGGUAGCUACAGUGAAGUUAAGUUUUGGAAAACCAUCCUUCAGAAGCGCGUAUACCUGGUGCUCACAUUUCACCCAGCUUGAUAUCGAAAGGAAAAAUUAGACCAAUCUAGGACAAAUUAUACACCACAUUCACUUUACUACAAAACACCAAAUUUGUGUUCAAAAGUUAAACUUAAGUAGCCAAAAUAGGAAUCAUGUUGAAAGUCGUCGGAGCUUCGUGGUAUAAAACGCGGAUAAGUACCUACAUACUGGUCGGCGCUUUAAUGCUUGCUUUUGGGGCGUUCUUCAUCGCUGAUAUGGAAAGACCCGUCUACGAUGGAACGUACUGUGCGACGGCAUAUUGGGCUCGCAAUUCUGGCUUCCGGGUGGAGUUCUGGGGCCAGCGCAACGAUCUGGACGCGGUGCCGAAGGGAGCUGUCCGAUCCUGUUACAAGGACAGCGUCCAGGAAAACGGAUGGUCCCAACUGGAGAUCGAAUCGCAACCGGAAUACCCGGAUGAUAUUCAAGCUUUUGCCGCCGGAAUGUUGGAGGGUGCACUGAGUUGGCACAACAUCUACCUGCACUGGUCCAACACCAUUGACGCCGAAUGUUCCAGAGACGAUCAGUCGGAGGAAUUCUGUGAUUGGUUGAGGCGGAUCAUCAUGAUCAAUGUUGAAACUGUGAAGAAGAUGGCAGACAUGAAAAGCAAACAUGACCACUACUGGUACCAAAUUGGACUUUUCUACGAUCAACUUGAUGGGUUGGAGUUUGGUUUCCGAAAAGGUGUUCGUCGAUCUCGAAUGGAGUACGAGAUUCCAAUGGAGGAUUUCCUUUUGAUGAACAGCGCUGUAGACAUUCGGGAUCUGAAGGCGUACUAUACGAACUUCUUGGACGGUGAAAGUGGCCUAGAAGUUGAACCAAAUAAGGGAAUGAUAUUGCUGAGGAUUCUCGAAAACACCGGUGGAUUGGUGAAGAUCUUGUUGGGUCACACCAGCGAUGGCAGCUAUGCUUCGAUGUUACGCAUAGUUAAGAAAUACACCCUAAACUAUCACUUCUCUGAAGAUUCAAACGUAGAUCGAGUUGUUCCUGGAACCAAUAUCGUUUUCACUGGAUAUCCAGCAGUUAUAGCAUCUCUAGACGACUUUUACACGCUCUCUGGGAAGCGACACCGAAUGGUGGCCGCUGGAAUCAAGAUCGAAAAUGACAAUUUGAAUCUCUGGACCAAGAUCGACCUGGUGCGAUCGGUUUCUCUGGCGCCUCGAGUUAUGGCCGCCAAUCGUUUGGCACACAGUGGUAGGGUUUGGGCCAAAUACUUUGCAAGAAGUCCAUCGACGGGUGCCAAACAGUGGCUCAUUGUAGAUACAAAGCGAAUGCAUCAGGGCGUCAACACAUCCGAUGAAUCCGCGGAAGCCGAAGAAACGUUGAUGAACCAUCUGGAAACUUUCGAAUAUGAUGAACAACAUCCGGCAACUCGACCGACCGAUGACUAUGUGGAUGUAGAUUUCGGGGAUCGGGCCAGGAAAAUAGCAUCGAUUAGCAAAAUCAGUGACGGCGGACUAUUUUGGGUGGUAGAUCAGCUUCCGGGUCGACUACAUGCGGAGGACAUGACCGAGCAGAUCAUUCGAGAUGGUUACUGGUUAGGCAAUGGUGUACCUGUUUUUAAGGAACUGGCAGACAUAGGGCAUGUGAAAACCAACAGCACCAACUCGCAGCAACAUUCCAAUCAGGAUAAGAUCAUCAACAACAUUACGGAUCUGGAGGGUCUCGCCAAAUUUCUCCGACAAAGUGCCUACCGAGGUGACUUGGAUCAGCAACAUCCGACAGCUUUCGGUAACAUCGAUAUGAAGCUGCUGAUCGAAACCAAUGGCAGUAAUGGGACGGCAGUUGCCUUCCAGGCAUAUUCGGGUCCCCUCUUUGAUCCGGUUACCGAUGGGCAGACGGCAAAGCGAAGUAUCAACUCCGGGGAACUGGAUGCCGAAGAAGUACCUGAAGUACCAACCCGGUUUGGGAAACGAGUCAAACCAUUUGACUGGAGCUCGGCUUCCAAACUGGAAGCUCGUCAUCAAGGUCAACCAAACGUUUGGAAUUUCGGCCGAGAACUGCCGCAGUGGGCUUGGGUAUGAAAAGGUUUUGCAGAAAUUAAGGUGCCUCAAAUAUUGCGUGAUUUACUUAUCGAUGAAGCGCUCCAAAAUCUUAUGCCAUUCUAGAACAUUUAUCAAAAUUUUUAAGUUUGAAAUCAAUUUGAAGCAAUGCUAUGUCAAACGAUCUUAUGUCAAUUUUUAAAUAUGAAUAAAAUUGGAAAAUGUUUUUGGA